AUUCCCGGCAUCUUUAGAACGUACCUUUUCCCACUUGAGAUACUGUCCAACUUCUCGGGUUCUUUACGCCAAAAACUGGUUACCCAUUUGCCCAUCACCCCUCUUUACCUCUCGACCACGCGUGUGCUCCUGCUCUAUCGUUCACACUUCUAUCCUUCCUCUUCUUGCGUACGAGCGCGCACGAAACCCUCGCUGCGCUGGCGGUGGUACGCGAAUUGUACGCGUCUCGCCAUUCCCGACUUAUAUUGGCGCGUUGCGAGCCACCGCAAGCUUAUUUCGAGUCCGAAUCGCGCCGGAGACGGUUGUGUUACGGUUGAAGCGGACGUGUAGCUAGUAAACUCUGAAGAGCCAGAGUCCACCGCAAAAACAGAACCAGGAGGUUCCGGAAUUGCCCGUACGAUCGCGUUAGUGACAGGUGGUAGGCACGCGGUGGCAGUGUGUGUGAUCGAGUGACUAGCAAAUGUUUGGUACAUCGCUGUAACAGUAAGCGAAUUCUUUAGUGUGUGGCGUGAUUACAGAGGAAAACAGUGCUGAGAAUUUCUCUAGCCGUACAGACGCAGAGAAGCAGCUUAGCAUAGAAAAGUCAAGGCUUACGGUGCUUGUGCAGUGUGAUUCUAUUCGUUCGGGAUCGUCGGAAAUUCGUUCGGGAGCUAGAACAACAGCAGCGGAGCAGUGGAACCAACUCUUAGCUGCAGGACUAGAGUUGAGCGAAUUCACCAGCCGUCAGAUAUCUCGCAUAAAGCCGAGUGCUAUUACCCAACUUCCAAAGGCACUUACAAAAUAGCAAAAAUGCAGUCCUCAAUGAUGGAGAAGCUGAGCUUCCUGUACAAACCGUACGUGUUAGCUGUGCUGACGAUCGGUUAUAUUGCGGGCGAGCUUGGCCACUACUUGAUCGGUGUCACAUCAAAGGCAACAGCCAUCGAGCUGGUCUAUGGCGACCAGGCGUGCCAGCAAAACCACACCGACUUUCUUCGCCACGAGCUGCCUGCGCAGUGUGCUGAAUUUAUCAUCGAACAUGAAUGCCAUCAGCAGCACAUCAACGGUACAGUCUACUGCGAGUGGAACUACAACGGACUCGGGCUCGAAUAUCAGCUGCUGGCCGGUCCGAGCUUUAUUGCCGUGUUUACGAUAAUGGGUGUCGUGUUGGGUGUGGCCGCCGAUCGGUACAAUCGCGUCCGGAUGCUGUUCGUGUGUACGCUCGUGUUUGCCAUAGCCAUCCUGUUUCAGGGUACGGUCAAGGAGUACUGGCACUUGAUACUGCUGCGCAUGGUGAUGGCAGCAGGGGAGGCUGGCUGUAAUCCACUUGCCACCGGUAUCAUGUCGGACAUCUUUCCGGAAAGUAAGCGUGCACUUGUGAUGGCCAUAUUUAACUGGGGUAUUUACGGAGGUUACGGCAUUGCGUUCCCGGUUGGCCGUUACAUCACAAAGUUGGAUAUUGGUGGCUUGGGCUGGCGUGUGUGUUACUAUGGAACAGGAGUGCUUGCUCUCAUUAUGGCCGUGCUCACCGGAACGACUUUGCGCGAACCUGAACGUCAAAGUAUCGGCGAAGAUGCGGCAGGUAAAGCGAAGGUUAACCUGUGGAAAGUGUUGAUGCAGCCGCGCGUUCUGUUGCUAAUGUUUGCCGCAUCGAUCCGUCAUUCCGGUGGUAUGACCUUCGCGUACAACGCCGAUCUUUACUACAACAUUUACUUCCCGGACGUCGAUCUGGGCUGGUGGCUGUUUGCCGUGACGAUCGGUAUUGGCAGCAUUGGUGUGGUGGUUGGAGGCAUCGUAUCGGAUAAGUUCGUCGCCAAGAUGGGUAUCCGUUCGCGAGUAGCCUGUUUAGCCAUUAGUCAGUUGUUGGCAACACCUUUCGCAUUUGGUUCCGUAUACUACGAACCGCUCUGGGCGAUGAUUACGCUUGGAAUCAGUUAUUUCUUCGCUGAGAUGUGGUUCGGUAUCGUGUUUGCCGUACUAGUGGAAAUCGUACCACUGCAGGUCCGAUCAACAACCAUCGGUGUGUUCCUGUUCGUGAUGAACAACAUUGGAGGCAACCUGCCAAUUCUCGUCGAUCCGUUGGCGAAAGCCAUCGGUUACCGUGGCUCAGUUAUGUUCUUCUAUGCCGGUUUCUACGGUAUCAGUACGCUGCUGUUCUUCAUCACCAUGUUUUUCAUGGACGGACCGAAGCCGGACACGUCGGCAACCAUCGGCCAUGAUCCGACGAGCCACGCUAACCACGUCGAAAUGGGUCACGAGAAUAACACUUUCCAGCCGGAUGAUUAUCUGCCAUCCCCGCACAGCAAUGGUGCUAAUGGGCACCGAAACAUCGUCAGCGUUCGGCCAUCGGAAAGCAGCCGACUCUGAAAUGGCGGGAUCAAUCCAUCGGGCUAGCUACGCUAAAUAUUGGCCUUCAAUUCUACGACGAACUAACUCGCAAAGUACCUCUGUGCCUAGACUGUAUAUGUUUUUAUUAUUUUAUUGUAUUGUUUUACUAAGUGCGAACGAUGCCACGAACAAUGAGCAAUGAGAAAGGUUUGGCCGGCGCUAAAUCUCAGAAGGGCCCAUCGGCAAAAAUCUCUCUGAUUGACUAAGCUUUUAAGAUAUUUAUACUCAUCGAUGUCGAUGAACAAUCUCUGGAGUAGAGAAAGAUACAUGAACAAACGAACAUUAUAACGAAUCUAAAGCAAGUGACAGAUUAAGUACAACCAAUAAGAGAACAUUCGUUUAUCUACCAACAGAGCUUUGACAUGUAAGUUAAGCAUAAUCUUGAUCACCUGCGUCUCGUCAUAAGCUAAUUUUGUAGAUGCGCUAUUGUCAUUGAUAUUUAAUAAAUGGACCAACACUGUUCUCCAGAUGGAAA